AUUUAGUUUGCCUUAAUAAUUUUAGUAAGUCAUUAAUGCCAUUAGUUGCCAUGUUACUGUUCCGCGUGAAAAAAGUGUUCCAAUGUGAAGAAAGUAUGAAAGGCUGUAAACACCAUUGCGAAUAUAAAUAGGCAUUUAUUUAUCACUGAUCAAGCAGAGUGAAAUUUCUGGGGAAGCAGAACCUGUGUGCAAUGCCCUCAUAGAAAUGUCCUCACGGUUCCGCGGUGUCUGUAGCACACCAUUUCCAAGCAAUUGUAUCAGGAUCUCAAUUACUUUAUUUACUCUUGCAAACUUUGAGCUACCAACAUCAUUUCGUUUCACACAAGACGAUCAACACAGCAAUUUAGUCAUGUAUAUUUCUCCACGGAAUUUCAAUCGCUCUUUAUAUCUCCAGAUAUUUUUUGGAGGAGUGGUUUUGCAAUAUCUUAAUUUGUUUAAUUUCUUUCAGGUUCAAGCCGCUGAUCUUAACGAUGAACUAAUUUCCAGGCAAAAUAAUCUCUUGGAGCGUUUAAGCACUCAGUUAUUCAAAAUUCCGACGAAAGAUGACCUUGCAGCCUUGGAAGCCAAAUUCGAGCAACGAAUAAGAAUUUUAGAGCGAAGACAAACUGACGACUUCAAAGACCAAUUACAAACUAUUUCUUACGCGGUGAAUCAGAAAUUAGAAGGUUUGCGAACUACCAUUGAUAACUUUCCAGGCAUAAUGAAGCCUAUCGUUGACAAGGAGCAAAAAACCCACCUGGAAAAGAAAUCACGAGAAAAAAGAAGUCUACCCGCUCAACCUACCACAAUCGUGGAAAGGGAAUUGGACUCCCUAAACUUGUCAGAUUACCGAUUGGUACUACUAACAACACAAUGGCUUCAGAAUGGGUUCAAUAACUUAACGUAUCAAGUCGCUGCGGUAGAGAAACAUCAGCAUGAAAUCCUGAAGGAGAUAAGGAACGCAAGUUCCGAAUUAUCUCAAGGUGUUGGCACCAUCCUGAGGGAGGUUGAAACUUUAAAGCAGUAUACCGACAAUUCGCCCCGAGGCUCUAAUGAGGAAGUGGUCUGCAGAGAUAGCUCCAACCUUACUAAUUCAACGUUUCGCAAUAAGCAAGUUAUCUGUGACAAGGGAUGGAUCGUAAUUCAGCGAAGGGGAACUCCAACUCCGGCAGGGGAGGAAAGAAUCAAGUUCGACAAAAAUUGGCAUGCUUAUGAACACGGUUUUGGGAGCCUUGAUUCAGACUUUUGGCUAGGCCUGAAAACGAUCCAUGAGCUCACGCACGAUGGAUAUGAAGAAUUACGGGUGGAUCUCGAAGACUGGGAAGGGGAAGAGAGGUAUGCGAUGUACGCCAACUUCAAAGUUGCUGACGCAGGAAAUAAGUACCGCUUAGAAGUUGCCGGUUACACUGGGAAUGCAGGAGAUUCAUUAAGUUACAAUAGUGGGGCCCAAUUCGAGACGAUCGGACGCUAUGGCUGUGCCUCAUUGUUCCACGGUGGAUGGUGGUAUAAGGGUUGCACUCAAGCCCACCUGAAUUCUAUAUAUAAUAAUUCGAGCCCCAUGGAGGAACCUCAGGUAGGACUGUUCUGGUCCCAUUGGAGGGGCAGGGGCUAUUCGUUAAAAAAAGUUGCAAUGAAGAUUCGCAAGCCGUCCCGAAUUAUCUAAUCAUAAGUCAUUCCGACCGGGUUAUAAAUCACCUAACAACGCAUCCAUAUGUUCUAGAUAAGCAUCCCACGUUAACAAAUUCUAAUCCGAACCAUUUUGUCCAAAAUCUAAAAUUCUUCGCGUUGCCUAUUCUCCCAUUAUAGUUUGCAAAAUUGCUUACAAUAAAAAUUAUUUACCGUGAUUUUUCGCCAUUAAACCUUUGGUCAAAAUCUAAUCUCAAAAUUCUAUAACAAUUCCAAAAACAGGCCGUAACUAUUUUGACUUACUUGUAUGUAGGCCAAAAUAUUAUUGAACUAUGUACAUAUAUACAUAUAUUUACAAGUCAGCAUGGAUAAGCGUCUAUCUAAAAUAUUUUAGUUAAUUGUGUAUUGGCAUUAGUAAUUUCAAUCCUGGUAUCAAUGCGUGAUGUGUAUAAUUAUAGUAAAAUUUGCAAAAUAAAUCUGAAUCGUGCAUGAUAAGUAUUUGAA